CUCUAGGGUUUGGGAUUUUUGCCGCCGCCGCUCCUCACGCCCAGUCUUGGCCGCCGUAGUCCUCGCCGGAUCCGAUGGCCGUGACUUUCUCCGACCUCCACACCGCCGAAGGCGUCAAGGCCCUCGAGUCGCACCUCGCCGACAAGACCUACGUCUCUGGGGAUGCGAUCAGCAAGGACGACAUUAAGGUGUUCGCGGCGGUGCCGUCUAAGCCUGGUGCCGAGUUCCCCAAUGCUGCCCGCUGGUACGAGACCGUCUCCGCGGCUGUUGCUGCAAGAUUCCCUGGCAAGAAUGUUGGUGUGAAUCUGCCUGGAGCGGGAUCGGCUCCUGCAGCAGCUGCUCCUGCCGCUGAGGCUACCAAGGAAGAUGAUGAUGAUUUGGAUCUUUUCGGGGAUGAAACCGAGGAGGACAAGAAGGCCGCAGAGGAGCGUGCGUCUGCCAAGGUCUCUUCCAAGAAGAAAGAAAGUGGGAAAUCCUCUGUCCUGAUGGAUGUGAAGCCGUGGGAUGAUGAAACUGACAUGAAGAAGCUUGAGGAGGCUGUACGCAGUGUUCAGAUGGAGGGUCUCACCUGGGGAGCAUCAAAACUUGUGCCCGUUGGUUAUGGAAUCAAGAAGUUGACGAUCAUGUUGACCAUUGUGGACGACCUCGUGUCUGUUGACAGUCUAAUUGAGGAGCAUCUCACUGAAGAGCCCAUCAACGAAUAUGUUCAGAGCUGCGAUAUUGUUGCCUUCAACAAGAUCUAAAAAGCUCAAUAGACCACUCAAUUUGCUGCUGGGGGUCUGGAACUGGGACUGGUUGUGAUGGCGAGCGCACAAGUUUCUCCUGGGAUGCGAGCUUAUCCUUUAGUUACUCAGGUUUUGAAUCUCUAUUUAUCUUAAAAUAGUUGAAAUGCCAGGCGGUGUGUUAUGGCGAAACAUGUGUUGUGUCUAAGGUCACCAGUUUUCUUUCUAUGCUAGUUUUGGUGAGAUGGUGAUACAUAUUCGGCUGGAACUGUGAUGCACCUGAUAAUCCCUCCCAAUAUGGUUGUGUUCA